AGUGAGCUUGCUACAUAAAAACAGGCCUCAAAUGGCCUUCUCCUCCACCUUCAAACCCCAAACUCAACUUCGUUCCUUCACCCUCUGUAAGUCUCCAUCUAUUCUUUCUUCUAAUUUCAACAAUUUCUCAAAUUUAUCACAAAAAAAGCACUCACCUUUAUUCUACAUUCAAGCACACACCACCACCACACACUCUGAAACAAAAUCAUCAAUUGCAGACCAACACCACUCAAAACCCACAAUUAGUAGAAGAAUUCUUGACAAAAUCCAACAUGGGCUUUCAUCUUUUGAUUCUAAAGAUGAAAACUUUAUGAGAAAAACACAAGAAAAUGGCGAUAUUCGACAUGGGGUUGAGGCUAAAGAUGAAAGUUUUAUGAAAAAAUCAGAACAAUAUGGUAAAUUUCAACAUGGGGUUUCAUCUUCUGAGACUAAAGAUGAAAAUUUUGAGAGAAAACCAGUAGAAAUUGACAAAAUGGUGUUGAAAGAGAAAGAUAAGUUUUCAAGAAAUAGACUUGAUAGUAAAAAGAUGAAAUUUAAUGAUUCUGGUGAAAAGAUUUCAAAAGAUACAGUUUCGGAUGUGAAGAGGUUUAAAAGGCCUAAGAAGGGGAAAUUUGAAUCUCCUGUAACUAUCUUGCGAAUAAGUUUAGAAAUUUGUUCGAAAUUAGGGGACGUUAUGGGUGCUAUUGGAAUUUUUGAUUUAGCUAAAAAAGAAGGUAUAAGUUUAGGGCAGUAUCAUUAUGCUGUGAUUUUGUAUCUUUGUUCAUCUGCGGCUGUAGGAGUUGUUCAACCUGCAAAAAGCGGGAGAUCAGAUACCACUUCUAACGUAGAUUCUGAAAAUCUUGAAGCACAAACUCCUGGAUUAGAGACUUAUUGUCAGACCUUAGAUGGAUUAACCGAGUUGAUCAAACAUCAUGAAAACUCGAAAGUAAGAAAUAGAAUUAAAGUAGGAGAUAAUAUCAAAGAGUACGCGCUCAAAAGGGGUUUUGAAAUCUAUGAAGAAAUGGUUUCUGAUGAAGUCCCAAUGAAUGAAGCGAUUUUGACAUCUUUAGCUCGAAUGGCAAUGUCUAGAAAUGAUGGUGAAAUGGCAUUUGAGAUGGUAAAACAAAUGAAAGACUUGGGCAUAAACCCUAGAUUAAGAUCAUACGGUCCUGCAUUAUCUGUUUUUUGCAAUAACGGGAACCUUGAAAAAGCGUUUGAAAUCGAAGAACAUAUGUUGUCACAUGGUGUUUACCCAGAGGAACCCGAAUUGGAAUUACUCUUAAGAGUGAGUAUAGAAGCUAAUAGGAGUGAUAAAGUUUAUUACUUGUUGCAUAAAUUAAGAACAAGUGUUAGAAAAGUGUUGCCUUCUACCGCAGAUGUGAUUGAAAAGUGGUUUACAAGCAAGGGUGCUACAAGAAUUGGGAAAAGAAAAUGGGAUCAACAUGAGAUUAGUGAAGCGAUUGAAAAUGGUGGUGGAGGGUGGCACGGACAAGGCUGGUUGGGUAAUGGGAAAUGGAAUGUUUUGAGAUCAUCUGUUGGAAAAGACGGAUCAUGUAGUUGUUGCGGUGAGAAACUUGUAACCAUUGAUCUUGAUCCAAUAGAGACGGAAAAAUUUGCUGAAUCAGUCGCAGAAAUUGCUAAACAAAGAGAUAGGCAUUCAAGCUUUAAGAAAUUUCAAAAAUGGCUUGAUUACUACGGACCAUUUGAAGCUGUUGUAGAUGGAGCAAAUGUCGGCCUUUUCAGCCAGAGAAGAUUUAAACCAUCUAAGGUCAAUACCAUUGCAAAUGGCAUCAGGCAGAUACUUCCUUCUAAGAAAUACCCACUUAUUAUCUUGCACAAUAGGCGUAUAACCGGUGAUAAAAUGGAAGAUGGACUGAAUAAAACCUUAAUUGAGAAGUGGAAAACUGCUGAUUCGCUCUAUGCAACACCUACAGGAUCGAAUGAUGAUUGGUACUGGUUGUAUGCAGCUAUAAAGUUUAAGUGCUUGCUUGUGACUAACGAUGAGAUGAGAGACCAUUUGUUUCAGCUAUUGGGGAAUGAUUUUUUCCCUAAAUGGAAAGAAAGGCAUCAGGUCCGAUUCCACUUUUCUGAAAUGGGUCCAGUGUAUCACAUGCCGCCUCCAUGUUCGGUUGUGAUUCAGGAGUCAAGAACAGGCCAUUGGCAUAUUCCUAUUGCUUCAGAACAAGAUUCUGAAGAGGAAAGAGUAUGGUUAUGUGUUACACGUGAUAAGUCAAGUAAAGAUAACCAAAAGUCUAUCAACGGGACCAAAGGACGUAAAGGAAUUUCGGGAUCUGAUUUUGAAACUGAAGUUCAACUAAAUGCACCUUUGGCGAAGGAUCAGAACCAUGGGAGCCAUAAACGUACAUCUCAAGAAAUCAAACAAACUCUGUCGUCAUCUCCUGUAAAUCAAUGUGCAACUUUGACUCGAAUAGCCGCAGCAGAGAAGCUUGGUGACUGUGUUUUAGAUUUUCAAAUAUGAUCUGAUAGGGGUUUGACUUUGAAACCAUUGACUUUGACUGACUCACAAAUGGAGCUAAACCAAGACUUUAGAUGAAGAAAGCUAGUAUUCCAUCCCAAUAUCUUGUCAUUUACUCUCGUCUUUUUGAAAGGUUCCUUUUUGUAAAAAUGCAUGUCUACUGUCUAGGUAAUUACGGAGUAUUAUUUAUUAUUUUUCUUUUCCAGUUUUUUGUUGGUAAUAACUUGAUCAUGUGCCUUGUAACAAUAAGAGGGAAAAAAAAAGAAGAUUGUCUGGUCUGGAUCUGGCAUUCCAAAA